ACCGGGUUUCCCAGAGUCAGUGACGUCGAAGUGUUCGCCCCAAGAAGCUGCCCUCCUUUCGGGAAGCAGUGUCUCCUUUUCGUGUCCGUGGCGUGUGUGUGUGUGUGUGUCUUUUCCGUAUUAUUUUCACACUGAAAGAUUACAAUAUUUCAAUCCAGCGCGUGAUUUCUCUCUCCCGUUUGUGUCCUGCUCGAACUCCUUCCCUGUUGCUUAUCUGUGUCGUGUUGUGUACAUCAUUCGGAUCUCUUCGUCGUCGUCGGAUUUGUCGCCAUUAUCAACAAGUUGUUGGAUUGAUUUUCCUGUGUUUUUUUUUCUUGUGUUGCUGUGGAAAAGCGCUGAACUUUCAAAUAUUGUCAUCGCUGCCGACGGGAGAUAGAUUUUAAUCAGCAGAAGCAAUUUCCGGUUUCGGUCAACUUGACUUGGAGUGUCCUUUUGGCAGGACCCUGGGACGAGGGUUUCGAACCCAGCUUAAGCCACAGAUUUGCACUUCUUUUUUCACUUUCUUUUUUUGGUUGGUGGAUGAAAAUAUGAACAAGAUAUGGGUUGCCUUCGCGGUGUUUGGCGCAAUAUCGGUGCUGCCCGCGAGUGGUCGGAUCGUCAAGCGGAGCUACUCGGACCAGAGUGUGCGCGGAUAUCUGACGGAGAGAACCUGCUGGUGGAACGAAGUCUGCAAGGAGGAAUUUCAGCAGCUAUUCCGCUGUAGGUGCCCCCAGUGGUCCUAUUGCAGGUCCCCGGGUCGCUACUACAACGCGUACUGCUCCAUGACCAACACCGGCUACAUCUGGACACAGCCCACCUGGGACUGGGAAACGGCCUAACACACUGCCGGGGAAGUGUCUUCGUUAUUCCUGAAUUUGUAAGCUCAGCUCAUGUUUUUCGUGAAACAGAUCCAGGUGUGUUGAAAGGUGGCUAGCACCGGUAGACAUGUACUCACAGCCAAAGUUUGAGUUAUACUUUUCGGAUGUUUUUAGUUAUUUUGAAUGGUUACAACAAUAAUAGUUUUUAUUUUUGGUAGUUCAUUUUGCGACCAAAUUAGUAAGAGCAUAAACAUCAUCAGCGAAAUAUAUGACAAACAAUGCACAUUUGCGCGUAUUACAUAGAGACCAAAUAUUUUAGAUAGAUUUAUAGGAAACAAAAGAAGAAUGCUGCAAAAAUCAGACCAUUACCGUAGGACUUGAUCAGAGCGUAGGCUAGUGCGUUAUAUACACAUGAUAUUGCAAUUAUCAUUAUUCGUUGAACGAUACGUUUCACAAGGUGAAAAACUAAAUGGGAAUCAACUAAUGGAUUUAAUCAAUUGGCUAAUUAUAAUGAACGUUGUAAGAAUUAAUCAUAUCAGGCAGCAGAUUACAAAAAAAUAAAAAAAAAAUGUUCAGAAAAUAUUCAACUUAGCUGUUUUGUUCAACGACAUAUCUCGGCUUAUCAAAGAAUAAAACACAUCAUCGAAAAAUUAGAAAAAGAGUGCAAAAUUCAAUCCAAAAAAAAAAUCAUUUCAAAAAUGUUUCCUCACUCAAAACAAACAAUACAAAAAAUCAAAUCAAAAUCUAUAUCAAAAUCCACAAAAAAGGAAUGUUUCACUGUGAGUAGAAUAGCGUUGAGUUUGGUGGUUAUACGCAGAAACAGUAUUAUGAGUACCCUUGCAGGAUGAGCUGGAGACCGUUUGCACUAACGAUUAUGGCCUAUUAAAGUGCAAGCUUUGAGCGCCCUCCCCAUGACACACAAAAGAGCCUCAGCAAACGCGUUUGUGCAAGCAAAUUAUUAAAGACAAAAUAAACGAUUUCGAUUAUAAGAAACGAUUCAAGUGAAGAGAUUUCAAAUAAUAAAUCCAUUAUAUAUGCAAUUA